GUUUUAUUUACGUUUUACAAUUUUGAGUCUGACUCUGUGGCGUGUCUAAUAGGUGCUUUAAAAAUUUUAAAAAUGCCGGUUGUUCGAUGAAAAGUACAAAAAAUUAUUCUAGAUUGUUCCCUUAAAUUUAAUAAUAGUGAAAUUAUUAUAGUAAUAUGAAGUGCUACAUACUAGGCUGCAGUAAUCGAACCGAAACUAAAAAUUCCGGAGUUUCUUUCCAUAGAAUUCCUGAAAAACAAUAUAAGAGUUGGAUGAAGAUUUUAGGAAGAUCAGAUACAAUACCCUUCAAUGCGAAGAGGAGAAUUUGCUCUGAACAUUUCAAUAUUAAUAGUUUUAUAUUAGCGGGAACUAAAAGGGUUUUAAAAAUUGAUGCUCUACCUACUUUAAAGAUGAAUCAAUUAUUUAAAAUUCCAUCAUCUUCUUUAAACAUUGAAGGCCAAGACAGUAAACUUCCCGGGACUUCAUCCUCUGACAGUAAUGGUUUAAUAGGUAGCCUUAAAAGAAGAAGACGAGAUGUAAAAAUUGUACACAAUUACUGGUAAAUUUAUUUAUUAAAUCUUAGGUAUAAUUAAAUAUAAUUAGGUAUAAUUAAAUUUAUCAGGGAUUUAAUUUUGGGAA